CGGCUACUUGCGACUACUUGCAAUUUAUUUUUUGUAGAUGUUGAUUUGCAAGGAAUCAAAGAAAAGCUGGAAAAAGACCUAGCUUCUUGCCAACUGCGUGACAUUUGCCAUAAACGCGGUCCCAGUGAAGAGCCGAUAGUAAGGUUCUUUGAUCUUUCAACGAAGAACGCGAGAAUGAUGAAAUUGCUUCACCUCGUCCAUCCGAGUCGUCUUUUUCGUGACAUGUGGCAACAAUGCAUUCCGAAAGCAGUCGAGUUUUUCGAAGAUGAAGCUGGAUCAAGUGGGACAUUAACGGUCGACAUAGUGCAAGAGCUUUUGUGGACACCUGCUUAUCGGAGAUGGCGAAGCACGUGGGAAAGAAUCCUUGGUGGAGAAAUCAGUCUUCAAGAAUUGGAUAAACUAUUCGACAGGUUUAGAAACGAUCCCAAAACUUUGGAAAUCGAAAUUGGAGCAGUUGUGGCCUGCUUUUCCAAUGAAGAAGAUAUUGACCUUUCUGUUCGUAAACGAGUUGCUCAAAUCAAACAAUAUCACAAGCUGAGAGAGUUUGAAGGGGCUGCAGCAGCAAUCUUGGAAUUUCAAAAAACCAUGGAUCUUGGAGGAAACUUCGACCUGCUUCAUGACUUUUGCGGCCAGUUGAACGAAGACUUUCUGCGACGCCCGCUCGGUGCUAUCGGUGAUGAUGUUUUUGAGAUCGGAGAAACCCUUGAACGUCUACCGCAACCAAUGAUUGAAUGCCUGAGGACUGUCAGUGAUUGUAAAGAAUACAUCCUCUGGCUUCGAAAGGAAGUGAAAGGUGACUAUUACUUAUUUAAUUAUCUACGCCUUUCCUUCAAUUCCGUAAUAUUCUCACUCACUUUUAAGAUACCUGACCAACCGUCUUACCGGUAACCCGCAUACUUAUUUAUCUGAAAUGUUUAAA